AUGAACUUCCGCUCAACUCAGCCUUUACAACCGCUCAAGAACGGGCAGCUCAACAGAGUCAACAAUGUUACUCCAAGCAAGUCUACCAGGAGGAAAGAAUCACAAUUCGACUACUAUCAUGCACCACCCAAUUUGUACCAUGAUAAAAAAGCCAAGAAGAAAAAAGAGAAGCUUUCUGCUCUCUGCAAAACGCCUCCAUCAAUUGUCAGGACAAGAAACGGUAUUGACUACCGCAGAGGGGUCUUCUUGGGCGAAGGAGGGUUUGCAAGAUGUUUCCAAAUGAAAGAUGCACUGGGCCGAAUCUAUGCCGCUAAGACAGUUGCAAAAGCACUGAUCAAGAAUGAAAAGACAAAAACCAAGCUUUUGCUGGAGAUCAAGAUUCAUAAGUCUCUCAAGCACCCUAAUAUAGUCAACUUCGUGGAUUGCUUUGAAGACGACGUCAAUGUCUACAUUCUAUUGGAGAUUUGCCCUCAUCAAUCACUUAUGGAACUCUUGAAGACUAGAAAGCGUGUUUCAGAACCCGAGGUCCGCUUUUUCAUGGUGCAAAUUGUCGGUGCAAUUAAGUACUUGCAUUCUCGGAGAGUCAUCCACAGGGAUUUAAAGCUCGGAAACAUUUUUUUCGACCCCGAAAUGAACUUGAAGAUAGGAGACUUUGGUUUGGCUUCCGUGUUGCCUUCCACAGACUCAAGAAAGUACACCAUUUGUGGAACGCCCAACUAUAUCGCGCCAGAGGUUUUGGGUGGGAAACAAACUGGCCACUCAUUCGAAGUUGAUAUCUGGGCCAUUGGUAUCAUGAUGUAUGCGUUGUUGGUUGGCAAGCCACCAUUUCAGGCCAAAGACGUAAACGUUAUCUACGAAAGAAUCAAGAGGACGGAAUACCUGUUUCCCGCUGAUAAGCCUAUAUCGGAAAAUGCCAAGACUCUUAUCAAAGAUUUGUUGAGCUUGAACCCACUCAACCGGCCCACGAUUAAUGAGAUUUUGGACUACCCAUGGUUUAAAGGUUCUUUCCCUUCGAAGACUGUCGAAGAAGCUUUGACAGCAACCCCUCAUCAGAUGGACGAGAUUUCUCGUGCUCAAAGCUCGCUUAAUUUUGCCAACGCAAAGACCCAGGCUGGCAUUUACACCCCUAAACUGAAAAACCCCGUGGAAAUCUUGAAGACGGACUUGCAUUCCAGCCAGCCCCGAGCCGUGUUGCCUGAAUCGUUGUCACCAGGUGACACCAGAUCUAAGUACCAAGAAAUUGCGGUGCCAACUUCCAUAGUUGGCAAGGGCGGAAAGUCCCUUAGAAAGCUUAACUUCCACUCAAAGUUCAACAAGGUGAUCAUUAAGCUAGAACAAUCACUCCUUGAAACAGUUCAUAACAUGAGAAGACUCCGAGCACUCACAAGCUCUGGAGAAGUUUUGGAAUUUGAUGUGAAAGAGCUCCCCACUUGUGAAAAUCCAACUCUCAUCUCUAAGUGGGUUGAUUAUUCAAGCAAAUACGGGUUUUCAUAUCAGUUGAACAACGAUGAUAUUGGUGUUUUGUUCAACGACAACAACACAAUCUUAAAGCUUCACAACAACGACAGAUUCUUGGAGUUGAUCCAUCACGAAAACGAAGGGUGGUCAUGCAUCGAAAACUCAGUCAGUCACCCACCCUCUCAGGCGAGAAGACAACUUGAGAUUGUUGAUUUCUUCGCAAAGUACAUGAACAGCAACUUGUCCAAGGUGAGUGACAACGAGGAACGCAAGGAGACGGUGUUCUUGCAUAGAUACACUAGAAACAGUGAUUACAUCAUGUUUGAAAUGACGAACGGAGCGUUUCAGUUCAACUUCAAAGAUCAUCACAAAUUCUGCAUUUCUAAGAAUGGCUUGGCCAUUACCCAUGUCUCGCCCAACAAGGUGAUCCAAACGCAUCCUUUGAUCUUGGUUCUUGAGCGCGGGAACUUCUUAGAUACCGAAGUUCCCGACUGCUUGGGUAAGAUUACCAUCAUCGAAGCCGCCAUCAGAGCGAAAGUAAAAUAAAUUAGCAUAUAGAAAAAAUACACAGCAUACCACAC